AUGGCGACUCCAGGGCAGCCUUCGGGGGCUGAGCUCAACCCUCAGCAACGCUUCUUCCAUUAUUUUCAGCAAGAAAUUACUGCUCUUCAAGAUCAGAUGAGUCGGUUGGCAGACACGGCAGUCACAGGUGGUGAGCGAGCAGAUGCAGCAGACCAUUGCUUAGCAGGCAUUACCCGACUUUCCAACGAGGUCAAAGACGCCUCUGGAAACAUUCCUGCCUACGACCAGAGAACAUACGCGGAGGCGAUCAAAGCUUUACAGGAACGACUCGAGGAGACUCGCAAAGAAUUCGCGCCUAAGCCCAAGUUCUCCUUCAAAACGGCCCACAGGAGUCCCUCGGCCUUAUCUCUGAGCGACGCUGCAGAGAUGGCAGCCGAGAAGCGUCGCGGCGUGCCAGGAUACCUGGCUCCGGGCUCCGAAACAAGCUCGUCCUUUGCCAAUACUCCUGCCUACAACACCACUCCCCAGAACGAAAGGGCAGACGACGGCCAGGAGGCAGGCGAUAUCGGAGAAAGCAAGAGACAGACAGAUGGCGGCACCGAGACAAAGAUAGACGCUUCCCAAGACCGGCUUUCUCUCUCCACAAGCGCAACCUCGAUAUCUAUCACGAACCAAACACAUAGGCAUAUCAUCUUGCCCUCGUCUUCGUUAAACUCUCAAACACCUUGUUCCCUGUCAAAGCUCACGAACUGUGUCCUCGAUCUCUCUGUCCCUACGACGGCGACAGCUCCCUUUGCGAGCAUCACCAUCACCUCGAUCAACACGUCUCUCCUUCUUUGUGGCUCUGUUUCUGGCCCGGCGCAUAUCACUGGCGUCAAGAACAGCAUCAUGGUUCUCGGGUGUCGCCAAUUCCGCAUGCACGAGUGCCAUAAUGUCGACGUCUAUCUCCACUGCACCAGCCGACCUAUUAUCGAGGACUGCAGCGGCAUCCGCUUCACCCCAUUGCCCAAGUUUCAUGCCGAUCUUUUCCGAGCGUCACAAGGCACGUCUAGCCCGCCAGCAAACCAGUGGGAUCAAGUAGACGACUUCAAAUGGUUGAAAUCCGGGCCCAGCCCAAAUUGGUCUGUACUGCCGGCAGAGAAGAUCAUACCCGAAGAAACUUGGCGAGAAGUCGUGCCGGGUGGACCAGGCUGGGGCUUGAGUGACAUCCUCCGAGCCGUAGGCCUGCCCAGCGAGGGAAGCAAUGGCGACACAGAUUAA